AUGAAUCAGAUCAAGGACAGUGAAGAGGAAGCUCCGCCCUCUAAAACCACUCUGUGUGAGGAACAUGAGGGUCAGAGGAGGAUCCAUCAACAGAGACCAGACUCUGCUGGACCUGGACCUGGACCCAGCUGUGUGUCCAUGAAGAGUGACCAGUCUAUAGAUCAUCUUAUUAACUUCAAGGAUAGACAAAAACAUGGUGAACUGAUAGUUGAUCAGCAGAGGACAGAGGUUCUCAGUGGUCAGUCUGUCCAGCAGCAUGGAGCAGACCUGGACUCCAUAUUUAAGCUGCUGGAGGAGAACGUCAUCUGCUUUGUGAAGAACGAGCUGAAGAAGAUCCACAAGGUUCUGGAUACAGAUCACACAGAAGUCUCAGAGAGUCAGAGGGAGGAUGAGGAGCAGAGGAGCAGCAGAGAGGCCUUUCUGAAGAUCACAGGGGACUUCUUAAGGAGGAUGAAGCAGGAGAAGCUAGCUGACAAAAUCAGAGCUCCAGCUUGUCGACGUGAACUCAAAUCAAACCUGAAGAAGAAGUUCCAGUGUUUGUUUGAGGGCGUGGCUAAAGCAGGAAACCCCACCCUUCUGAAUGAGAUCUUCACAGAGCUCUACAUCACAGAGGGAGGGACUGGAGAGGUCAAUGAAGAACAUGAGGUCAGACAGAUCGAAAGAGCUUCCUGGAAACCAGACAGACCAGAAACAUCCAUCAGACAAGAAGACAUCUUUAAAGCCUCAGCUGGAAGAGACGGACCAAUCAGAAGAGUGAUGACAAAGGGCGUGGCUGGCAUUGGGAAAACAGUGUUAACACAGAAGUUCACUCUGGACUGGGCUGACGACAAAAGCAACCAGGACGUACAGCUCAUGUUUCCCUUCACCUUCAGAGAGCUGAAUGUGCUGAAAGAGAAGAAGUUCAGUUUGGUGGAACUCAUCCAUCACUUCUUCACUGAAACCAAAGAAGCAGGAAUCUGCAGGUUUGAAGACUUUAAGGUGGUCUUCAUCUUUGAUGGUCUGGACGAGUGUCGACUUCCUCUGGACUUCCACAACACUGAGAUCCUGACUGACAUCACAGCGCCCACCUCAGUGGACGUGCUGCUGACAAACCUCAUCAGGGGGAAACUGCUUCCCUCUGCUCGCCUCUGGAUAACCACACGACCUGCAGCAGCCAAUCAGAUCCCUCCUGACUGUGUGGACAUGGUGACAGAGGUCAGAGGGUUCACGGACCCACAGAAGGGGGACUACUUCAGGAAGAGGUUCAGACAUGAGGAGCAGGCCAGGAGGAUCAUCUCCCACAUCCAGACAUCACAAAGCCUCCACAUCAUGUGCCACAUCCCAGUCUUCUGCUGGAUCACUGCAACAGUUCUGGAGAACAUGUUGAAAACCAGAGAUGGAGGAGAACUGCCCAAGACCCUGACUGAGAUGUACAUCCACUUCCUGGUGGUUCAGUCCAAAGUGAAGAGGGUCAAAUAUGAUGGAGGAGCUGAGACAGAUCCACACUGGAGUCCAGAGAACAGGAAGAUGAUUGAGUCUCUGGGGAAACUGGCUUUUGAGCAGCUGCAGAAAGGAAACCUGAUCUUCUAUGAAUCAGACCUGACAGAGUGUGGCAUCGAUAUCACAGCAGCUUCAGUUUACUCUUUACUCUUCAAAGAGGAGAGAGGUCUGUGCCAGGACAAGGUCUUCUGCUUUGUCCAUCUGAGUGUUCAGGAGUUUCUAGCUGCUCUUCAUGUUCAUCUGACCUUCAUCACCUCUGGAACAAAUCUGUUGUCAGAAGAACCAACAAUGAGCCAGUGGUCCAGACCGUUUAGAAAAAAAGUUAAACUUAAUCAUCUGCACCAGACUGCUGUGGACGAGGCCUUACUGAGUCCAAAUGGACACCUGGACUUGUUCCUCCGCUUCCUCCUGGGUCUUUCACUGGAGACCAAUCAGAAGCUCUUAAGAGGUCUAUUGACACAAACAGGAAGCGGUUCACAGACCAAUCAGAAAACAGUUGAGUACAUCAAGAAGAAGAUCAGUGAGAAUCUGUCAACAGAGAGAAGCAUUAACCUGUUCCACUGUUUGAAUGAACUGAACCACCGUUCUCUUGUGGAGGAGAUCCAAGAGUCCCUCACAUCAGGACACCUGUCCACAGAGACACUGUCUCCUGCUCAGUGGUCAGCUCUGGUCUUCAUCUUACUGUCAUCAGGAAAAGAUCUGGAAGAGUUUGACCUGAAGAAAUACUCUGCUUCAGAGGAGGCUCUUCUGAAGCUGCUGCCGGUGGUCAAAGCCUCCAACAAAGCUCUACUGAGUGGCUGUAACCUCUCAGAGAGAAGCUGUGAAGCUCUGUCCUCAGUCCUCAGCUCUGUGUCCUCUCGUCUGAGACACGUGGACCUGAGUAACAACAACCUGCCGAAUUCAGGAGUGAAGCUGCUGUGUGAUGGACUGAAGAGUCCUCACUGUUCUCUGGAGACUCUCAGUCUGUCAGGUUGUCUGGUCUCAAUGGAAGGAUGUUCUUCUCUGACCUCAGCUCUUAACUCAAACCCCUCCCAUCUGAGAGAACUGGACCUGAGUAACAAUGACCUGCAGGAUCCAGGAGUGAAGCUGCUGUGUGAUGGACUGAAGAGUCCUCACUGUUCUCUGGAGACUCUCAGUCUGUCAGGUUGUCUGGUCUCAAAGGAAGGAUGUUCUUCUCUGACCUCAGCUCUUAACUCAAACCCCUCCCAUCUGAGAGAACUGGACCUGAGUAACAAUGACCUGCAGGAUCCAGGAGUGAAGCUGCUGUGUGAUGGACUGAAGAGUCCUCACUGUUCUCUGGAGACUCUCAGUCUGUCAGGUUGUCUGGUCUCAAAGGAAGGAUGUUCUUCUCUGACCUCAGCUCUUAACUCAAACCCCUCCCAUCUGAGAGAACUGGACCUGAGUAACAAUGACCUGCAGGAUCCAGGAGUGAAGCUGCUGUGUGAUGGACUGAAGAGUCCUCACUGUUCUCUGGAGACUCUCAGGUCAUCAGGUUGCCUGGUCUCAGAGGAAGGAUGUUCUUCUCUGACCUCAGCUCUGAACUCCAACCCCUCCCAUCUGAGAGAACUGGACCUGAGCUACAAUCAUCCAGGAGACUCAGGAGAGAAGCUGCUGUCUGCUGGACUGAAGAGUCCUCACUGGAGACUGGACACUCUCAGGAUGGACCAUGCUGGAGAGCAGUGGUUAAAACCUGGUGUCAGGAAGUAUUCAUGUGAACUGAAACUGGACACAAACACAAUGCACAGAAAACUCAAACUGUCUGACGACAACAGGAAAGUGACCGGUGUGACAGAAGAUCAGUCGUAUCCUGAUCAUCCAGACAGAUUUAAGUUCUGUCCUCAGCUGCUGUGUAGACCUGGUCUGACUGGUCGCUGUUACUGGGAGGUCGAGUGGAGAGGAAGAGUUUAUAUAUCACUGAGUUACAGAGGAAUCAAGAGGAAAGGCAAUAGUUCUGACUGUUGGUUUGGAUAUAAUGAUCAGUCCUGGAGUCUGAUCUGCUCUGAUGUUCAUGGUUACUCUGUCUUUCACUGUGGGACACAAACACCCAUCAUGUCCUCUGUCUCUCACAGAGUAUCAGUGUAUGUGGACUGUCCUGCUGGGACUCUGUCCUUCUUCAGCGUCUCCUCUGACUCACUGAUCCACCUCCACACCUUCAGGACCACAUUCACUGAACCGGUUUAUCCUGGGUUCCUGGUCUGGCCUGGUUCCUCAGUGUCUCUGUGUCCUCUGUAGGACAUGAAGAGACAGCAGCUUCAGCGGUGGACGAGGUCAAAGCUCGUCUCAGUCAUUCUUUGUUGAAACCAUCAAUAAAUAAAGACUUAAAAAAUCAACAUGUCUGUCAUUAAGAGUUUGACUCUUUGUCUGAAGAACAUCAUCUUCUCACUGACGAGCCUUUCUGUCCCAGCAUGCAUUGCUUCUCCUCCUCCUCCUCUUCAUGCUGCCUGACAACAGCGCCCCCUGCUGCGUCUGAGCAGAACAGAA